UAGAAAAUUAACGGAAGAAGACUGCCGAAGCUGUCCGAGUAGAUCCCGAGCCGAGCUCUCUAAACGUCAGCUGAGGGGAAAACCCCAAUUCGGCUCAGAACACCCGUCGUUUUCUUGCUUCCUUGUUCGAGGGGGCUCUCACGGACUUUUCGUUGUAGGGCCAUAAAGGGGAACUGUUGUUGUUGCGUGACUUGGUAGCAGUUUGAGCGACAAGGAUGCCGUCGUUGCUCUUCUGCGGCCCCAAAAUGGCUGCUUGUGGCAUCGUUAUCAGUAUCUGGGGCGUCAUCAUGCUGGCAAUGCUGGGGAUCUUCUUCAGCGCCAAGUCAGCCGUGCUUAUUGAGGACGUCCCAUUUACUGAGGAGGACAUUCGCAAUGAUCAACACCCUCCUCAGACUAUCUACGGUCUGUACAGCCAGGUCGGCAUCAAUUGCUUCAUCGCGGCCGGCGUCUACGUGGCAGUGGGCGCAGUGUCCUUAUGCCAGGUUCGACUCAACAAGCGGCAGGAGUACAUGGUGACAUAAUUUGGCUGGCCCCACCCCUCGCUGCCUAUCCAUUGGCUGAAGAAAAUGUAUUCCAAGUUUGGUGUUCAAACCGUGUAAUUUAUUGCAAGUUUGGUGUUCGUGUAGUCAUUCCUUCAUACUGUUAUGACCUUGUCAACAUUCAUUUCCAAAUUAAAACGUGAGAGGCGUGGAUGUCCAAGUAAAAGAUAAGUGGCUUUGUGUGGAAAUAAAGAUGACAAAAUCUUAA